CUCCUAGCAAUUACUCUCUACCAUCCAACUACAUUCCAACCAAACCUCACCACCAACAUGCGUGCCGUCUCAGUCAUUGGCGUUCUCGCCACCAUCAUCUCCCUCGCCGCCGCGGAUCCUCACGGAGCUUGUGGCUGCCAGAUCAACACUGAUGGCGCCCUUGACUACGAUACUACUGAUACCUGCUGCACCCGAUUCGGGGGGAAGACUUCAUUCCUCACUACCUCCAGGAAGGUCCGUUUCUCUGGAAAAUACUGUCUGCGCGGCAAGAUUAAUGGGAACAGCUGGUACAACUGCUGCCGCCAGUUCCUUCCUGAGGGUGACGGUGCAUGUCCGUGGUAACUUAGGAACGACGUUGACGGUAUCUUGUUAACUGAGCAGUGCCUUUGACUCUUCUCUGAGCCAAAAGGGGUUAUGAGAUGCGGGGGCUAGGUCAUCUUCUUCCGUACAUCCCUACUAGAUAGCUCGCUGUAAAUAGUAAUAUCAGACUCUAUUACACUCACUCGAGGAAAGCUUCGAUGAGUGUACAUUGAUAUUACCACUCA